UUUUUUUUCUCUCUAUUGGAUUCCCGAUCCCCUUCGACGCCUUUACGGUCCCUCUCUUCUCUAAUCCGCAUAUCUAUUGUUAAUCCCGGUGGAACAACAGCGGUGUCCCCACCAUCCGAGGUCAAGAUGUUGCCCUCCGUAGCACCGUUUCCGCCGGUCCAACCGCAUCACCACCUUACUUAUCGUCACGGCGCCGACACGACCAAUGGAGCCCACGAUCCGAACACAUCCUUUCUCCCGUCACUCCCUCGUACCGAUCCUGGCAAGAGCUCGUUCCAAUCGAUCCCUCGGGCACGACUACAAUACCCCCAUCCGAUCCAGCGGCUCGACGUCCCUGAUGCCGCCGGUGCAAUGCUCAACCCGAAGAGUGCUGGCGAACAUGCGCUACGAAGGAAAACGCCGAACGGCACGCUGGCUGCUGGGUAUGAUGGGACCCCGGGAGACACCACCAUCCAGCCCCCGGCGAGCAAGCAUAUAUUAGUUUCGCCUAUCGAAUCGGGCCACUUGGUACCGCCUCAAGCCGGAUUUCCCGUCGAGCCAUGGCAACAGCCCACACCCACCUUUGACCAGACUGCAUCUGGGAAGCACCUGAAUUUUCCGCCCGUGUAUAGGAAUGACUCAACCCCCCGAGGCAGCACGGCCCCAGGUGAAAUGGCCCAAGGGGUAAACGGGACGAGCUGGGUUCGCUCACUCAACUACGUGCCCGGCAUGGACUCGUUGCUGAAUCAAUCACUGCCGAUGCAGCCUACCCAGCAACGGUUCUACUGGCACAACGGCGCCUAUGUCCCUACGGUGCUGCCGGCCACUCUUCAGCAAUGUGUCGGCCCCACAGUAUCCGCUGGUACCGGACCGUAUGGGCCAUAUUGGCCGGAUGGAGUGUACAUCCCGUAUCGCCCGGCGGCGUUUCGAGAUGCUCGAUUCAAUUCCCCUUCCCCGUUUGCGAAAGCAGCCAACCCACCUGGUUUUCAGUUCUUUGAUCCAGGUCCACCGUCUUUCAAUCGGGGUGCCAUAUCAUCGGGAAGCCAUCAGGACCCUAAUCUGACCUGGAAUCAGGCCCAGACCCCCAUGGGGAUACACGGUUCCGACAUUCCUAGUAACUUUCCUCGACGGCACUCGGAACAAAAGCCAAUUGAACUAGCGACCAAUCAACGAAUACUACCUUAUCACACGCGCCAACCUAAUACGUCCUCCGGUUUCUCCGCACGUCCGCAGACUCACGAAACCGCUCCAUCCUGGUCGGGCCCUGCUAACGCCCAGGGGAUACCGAGCACGGGUUCUACCGCCAGCCCACGGGCAGCAAACGCAGAGUUCAAGGAGAAGGUGCUGACAUGGGCCCACGGUGUCUAUGUUGAUCUCCUUGCAUCUAUUCACCAGGCACGACGGAACAGCAUGUCCAAUGCUGCUGCCGAGGGUCAAGGUCAACGGUUUUUAAAACCAAGCAUUUAUCCGAAGCCGCCGCGUCAACCUGGCCUGGAUUUCUCCAGCACCAAUGCCGCUGAACUCACUCGACAUAACAGCUACCCCUCGGGCCAGUAUGACUCUCAUGUUCAGAGGGCCAAUGCUAUCAGUAACCCAGGGCAAGAUGACCUGGGCCUCUCCGCCUCUGGUUUCCAGGCCAAUCGCCGCUUUGAACGGCCUUCACUGGCUCAGUUCCCACAAGCUGUCUCCGAAGCACACAUGGUGGACAGGCUCCGCCACAACGGGCGAUUGACUGCCUCGUCUUCGCUGUCUCGCUUUAAUGCCGCCCCGCUCAAUGAGGGUUCUACGACGGCGAACGCGAUAUCCUCGUUAGAAAUAUUAUCUCAUCUCUGCAUGGAGAGUGGCUGGGAGUGGAUUGACGGCAUGCUUCUCGGAGGUUGCCUCGCGUAUGGCCUGGGCGAUUACAACAAGGCCAUGCGAUGGUACAUGAGGAUUAUUAACCGAGAUGCAACGCAUGUGGAAGCGAUAUCUAACCUUGCAGCUACCCUUUUGGCGCUGGAUCGCCGGGAAGAAGCGUUGCAACAUUGGCUUCGCGCCGUCAAACUCCGCCCAAGUUUCUUCGAAGCGGUGGAACAUCUCAUCGGCCUCCUGUGCAGCAACCAACGCGGGAAGGAAGCGGUCAACAUCAUUGAAUUCGUGCAGAACUCUCUGCGUUCCCCCAAGGAUGGCGAUUGUUUCACGGCGGACGAGCAUGCGAGCGAGACCGAGAGCGAUGCAGACAGCAGAGCAUCCAGCACGUCCGAUUUAAGCUCCUAUGAGAAGGCAUCUUUCGACUACGACGAUGACUUCGGCCCAUCUGUCUCUGCGAACCGAAGUUCGGCAGAUGUCAAUUCUGCUGGAUUUGGUUCCAGCGGCUACUCGGUACCGGGUGGCGACAAUGGAAGAAUGCUGGCUCUUGUUCAUGCCAAGGGAAACAUGCUGUAUGCCCUAGGCGACAAUCUAGGAGCUGCGGCGGCCUUCGAGGAUGCGAUUCUGAUCGCAGCGGGUAGACGGCGCCAUGGCAUUCAGAAUCUGAUCAAGCAGGUCUUCUCCGCCUUCAUGCAAGGAACACAAGGGGCUUAUCCCGCCGCGGAACAACAUGGACCGCAGGAAACCAUUCUCCUGUAUCCGGACCAUGCUCUCCAGACGUCCAAGCUGGUCUUUGCCCCUUGCGGAACGCCUCCUGGGAUCAAGUAUGUGGCGGAAGGUUUAGCAAAGAAGGCAGCAAUCUCCACCACCAGCAAUUCAUUGCUCUCUCUGGCCAAGAUUUACCAGGAUGGGAUGUCCAACAUUUCCACCUCAGGCGUCCCGAGGACUGCCCCCGGUGUUCGCGACAUCCUGGCUCUCUACUACCUCUCUCUUUCCCUGCAACCGAGCCCGUCGACCGCAAACAAUGUCGGCAUCUUGCUGGCCGGUAUUCAGAACAAUGCCCCUAGGAAGGUUCUUCCUCGCCCGAACGGAGAUAUGCAACAUCCUGAAAUCCCUGGUGUUAUUCCCGGCACGGGCAUCUCGUUGGCUCUGGCUUACUACAACUACGGACUGCAUCUCGACUCGCGGCAUGCUCAUCUCUACACAAACCUUGGUAGUUUGCUGAAGGACAUCGGCCAGUUGCAAGCGGCCAUCCGCAUGUACGAGCAGGCCGUUCAGUGCGAUAGCAAUUUCGACAUCGCUCUGGCCAAUCUAGCGAAUGCUGUCAAGGACGCCGGUCGCGUCAACGAUGCCAUUGCGUACUACAAGCGUGCUGUUAAAGUGAACCCGGAAUUUGCAGAGGCAGUGUGUGGCUUGGCCAAUGCCCUGAAUUCCGUCUGCAAUUGGGUCGGUCGAGGUGGAAUCGGCAACGGCUUGGGCUUUCGGGACCGAUGGCAUGUCGACGAGCAGGGGAUGCUUCGUGAUGCGUACGGUGUCGACAAGGGCGCUGGGUGGAUCAAGCGGGUGGUUGAUAUUGUCGACCGGCAACUAAGGGAAGGGGAGACAUGGGGCCGCGGCCUACUGACUACGAAUGUGAUCGAACAACUGUGCGCGCAAUUGGUUCCCGCAGGCAAGGGCCGCAGCCAGGGUUCGCUUGGGUCUAUGGCUGCGAUCUUGCAGUCGUGGGCGGGCCAACGCUGGGAAGGCUCCAGGGUGGUCCGGCUCGUGGAGCGUGCCAUUCGCUCGAUUACCUGGCAGUGGUACCAGGAUCGGUACGUGCAUGGCAAGGAGUACCCUCUGGCCAAGUACCGGCGUCCUCAGCUCCCCUCUGGCCUGUCGGCGCCAAAUGCCCCUACGGUUCUGCCCUUCCACACGUUCACCUGCCCGCUCUCGGCCAGGCAGAUCCGCCAGAUCUCGCAGCGCAACGGGCUUCGUAUAUCCUGCUCGACUCUCCGGUCUCCCUGGCUCCCAGCCACAGUCUACCCACCGCCCGCACCUCCGAACCCUUACCUCAAGGUCGGCUAUGUGUCAUCGGACUUCAACAACCAUCCUCUGGCCCAUCUGAUGCAGUCCGUAUUUGGUCUGCACAACCCUUCCCGGGUCCGGGCAUACUGCUACGCUACCACGGUGAGCGACAAGUCGAUUCACCGCCAGCAGAUCGAACAGGAGGCACCGGUAUUCCACGACGCCAGCGGAUGGUCAGUUGAUCGACUUGUGCGGCAGAUCGUUGAGGACGGUAUCCAUAUCCUCAUUAAUUUGAACGGAUAUACUCGCGGUGCCCGCAACGAGGUCUUUGCUGCUAGGCCUGCCCCGAUCCACAUGUCAUUCAUGGGCUUCGCAGGAACCCUUGGUGCGGAGUGGUGUGACUACAUCCUGUCGGACGAAAUUUCGAUCCCUCCGGAGACACUUUCACCGGGAAGGCGCAAUAUGCGGGUUCCGGAUCGGCUGCUGGAGGAGGACCACGGGGAGGACCUGGAGGACUGGGUAUACGGGGAGAAGAUGGUGUAUACACGCGAUACUUUCUUCUGCUGUGACCAUCGGCAAAGUGCCCCCGAUGCCCGGGAUCCUCGGAUUGCCUGGGAGCAAGAGCAAGCCAGACGGUGGCGAAUGCGCAAGGAGCUGUUCCCCGCCCUCAGCGAUGACACCAUCAUCCUUGGGAAUUUCAAUCAGCUGUACAAGAUUGAACCUACGACCUUCCGCACCUGGCUACGCAUCUUGGCACGGAUCCCGAAUGCCGUUCUCUGGCUACUGCGCUUCCCGGACCUCGGCGAACAGAACCUCAGGGACACCGCCAUCGCCUGGGCUGGCGAGGAGACGGCGUCGCGCAUCAUUUUCACCGACGUCGCCCCGAAGAACACCCACAUCUCCCGGGCGAAGAUUCUGGAUCUGUUCCUCGACACGCCGGAAUGCAACGCGCACACGACAGCGACGGACGUUCUGUGGAGCGGUACACCUCUCUUGACGUUUCCACGUUACAAGUACAAGAUGUGCUCGCGCAUGGCGAGCAGCAUCCUGAGCAGUGCCCUGCCCAACUCCGAGGCGGGCAACGAGGCUCGAUCGGACCUGAUCGCGGUGUCGGACGAGGACUACGAGAACAAGGCGAUCCGUCUGUGUCUGAGCGUCAAGUCCCAGCCCGGAGGCCAGGGCCGAGUAACGGGCAAGUUGACCGACCUGCGCAGGAUGCUGUUCCAGGAGCGAUGGGCCAGCAAGCUUUUCGAUACCAACCGAUGGGUUCGCGAUCUGGAAGACGCCUAUGAAGGAGUUUGGCGGCAGUGGGUGAAUGGCGAAGAAGGCGAUAUCUGGUUAUGA